GUCUGAAUCAGAGUGAAAGCCACCAGAUUCUCUCUCAGCCCCGUUUCUCUUGGCCAACCAAACCCUAGCCAUGGCGUGGAAGCAGCUCCUAACCCUGGCUCGUCGUUCCCACAGACGCAUCCCAUACUCCAUCACCCAAACCAUGCGAUCUUCGUCAACGGCUCCGGCGAUCGCCCCCUCCCCACCACCACCCACCGCCAUGGUCUACGACCGCCUCGCUGAAGCCGUCAAAUCCAAGCUCAAACAGCUUGAGAAUCCGGACCCUCGAUUCCUCAAACAUGGGUCACCACACCCAACCCUAAGUGACCAUACCAAGAUCCUCUCCGCACCCGAAACCCGCGUCACGACUCUGCCCAACGGUCUCCGAGUCGCCACCGAGUCCAACCUCGCUGCUCGCACUGCCACCGUUGGAGUCUGGAUCGACGCUGGAUCGAGGUUCGAGACCGACGAGACCAACGGCACCGCUCAUUUCCUGGAGCACAUGAUCUUUAAGGGCACAGCCCAGAGGACGGCACGAGAUCUCGAGGAGGAGAUCGAGAACAUGGGUGGACACUUGAAUGCCUAUACUUCUAGGGAGCAAACCACGUACUAUGCCAAGGUUAUGGACAAAGAUGUGCCUAAGGCGCUCGACAUUUUGUCAGAUAUCUUGCAGAACUCCAAGUUCGAUGAAAAUCGGAUUAAUCGCGAGCGUGAUGUGAUUUUACGCGAAAUGGAGGAGGUGGAGGGACAAACUGAGGAAGUUAUUUUUGAUCAUUUGCAUGCAACUGCAUUCCAGUACACUCCCUUGGGCAGAACUAUUCUUGGACCUGCUCAGAAUAUUAAAACAAUCACCAAAGCUCAUCUACAGAACUACAUAUCAACUCACUACACAGCUCCCAGAAUGGUAAUUGCUGCUUCUGGAGCUGUUAAGCAUGAGGAUAUUGUUGAGCAAGUCAAGAAACUAUUUACAAAGUUGUCAACAGAUCCAACCACAGCUUCUCAAUUAGUUGUGGAACAGCCUGCAAUUUUUACUGGUUCUGAGGUUAGGAUGAUUGAUGAUGAUAUUCCUCUGGCACAAUUUGCGGUUGCUUUCAAUGGAGCAUCAUGGACAGAUCCAGAUUCCAUUGCUUUGAUGGUCAUGCAGUCAAUGCUGGGUUCAUGGAAUAAAAAUGCGGGAGGUGGAAAGCACAUGGGCUCUGAGCUUGCACAGAGGGUUGGAAUUAAUGAAAUAGCUGAAAGCAUGAUGGCUUUCAAUACCAACUAUAAAGACACUGGCCUCUUUGGCGUUUAUGCUAUUGCUAAGCCGGAUUGCUUGGACGAUUUGGCCUAUGCAAUUAUGUAUGAAAUAAGCAAGCUAUGUUAUCGAGUUUCAGAAGCUGAUGUUACUCGUGCUCGUAAUCAGUUGAAAUCUUCUCUGCUGCUUCACAUUGAUGGAACCAGUCCUGUAGCUGAAGAUAUAGGCCGCCAGCUGCUUACAUACGGCCGGAGAAUCCCAUUUGCUGAAUUAUUUGCUAGGAUUGAUGCUGUUGAUGCAAGUACUGUCAAACGUGUUGCAAAUCGGUUUAUAUUUGACAGGGAUGUUGCAAUUGCAGCAAUGGGGCCUAUCCAAGGUUUACCUGACUACAACUGGUUCAGACGCAGGACCUACUGGCUCCGUUACUAGAUUAUUUUCACAUUUCUUCAGUAUUCCAUCAGUCUCACCCCCACAGAUGGUUUGAUAAACUGUCUAAUUUUACAUUACCAAUUUCCUUGCAGAGCCAUUAAGGGCCGGUAUUUUUGUUGAUUAUUUUCCAUGCUUUUGUUUCUGUAAUACCCCACAAUUCGGUCGGAAAUAAAUAAGGUGUCUUCAACAACUUGACAAUGCAUUUAUGUUGUUCCUUUUGAGCUGCCGCUCUCCUUCA